AUGAUCUCGCCACGCGCCUCGUUCCUAUCUGCCCUUUUUGCUGCAUGCCUAGUCUCAGCAGAGUCAGGCUGCCGUUGUGGCGACCCGGCUUUUCUCGCGAUCCCUCGUAUCAACCUUCCUGUGCCGGAACAGAUCAGACCAUGCCCUGCAUACAAGCUAAUUGAUGCCCGUGGAUCAGGCGAGCCACAGGGCGUGUCACUGAUGUUUCAGAACGUCAUCUCCGAUCUUCUUGUCAACAGCACCGACACUGCCUAUCAGGCUGUGGUGUACCCAGCCGAUUUCGACCAGAACGUAGCCUCGGGCGUUCAAAAUCUCCUUGACCUCAUCGAGUAUGGUCUGCAAGACUGUCCGGACCAAAAAUAUUUCUUGUUUGGAUAUUCGCAGGGUGCUACUGUAUUACAGCAAGCACUCGCUCAGUUGAACAACAAGACCUUGGAAUCUGUUCAGAGUGUCAUCAUGGUCGGCAAUCCGUAUCGAUUGCCUGGCAGAGUGGCGAACGUCGAUAGCCAGGGCCGAGCCGACAACCGGACUGCGUAUGGACUCUUCGCUGUUCAGGCUAUGGAAAGCAACGGCACUAUAAUCUCUUACAACGACGAUUUGGGAAUGACUGGCAAGUUCCAAGACAUUUGUCUCGAAAAUGAUAUUGUAUGCGCAUUUGAUCCCGAGUGCGAGUGCCAGCUUGCGAGCGAUCACCUCUCGUAUGGUCUAGCGAAAUCUGUUCAGGAUCGAAUCUUUGAUCAUGUUAUUUCUCGCUCCUAG